UGCAACAAAUCUAGUCACUCACAUUUAUAAAAUCAUAGUUAAAUUAUAGAAUUAUAGAACAAUGGAGUAUGCUACAUAAACCUAGACCCUACCCUAUUUAUUUCUAACAUUUUUAGUACGGUAUUACCAGUUUGAGCAGAGUAAGAGAAUUGAAUCACUCUGAAACUUCCUGUGGAGAAAACAAUGGAGGAGAUGAAACGCUGCCCUGCAAAUUACCCUCCAUUGACUCCCCUUUCCUUCAUUGAAAGAGCUGCCAUAGUCUUUGGGGACAGUACUUCUGUUGUCUACAACAAUACUCGCUUCACCUGGUCUCAGACGUUCCAGAGAUGCCGCAGACUGGCUUCUGCUCUCUCUUCUCGCAAUAUCUCUCGCGGGGAUGUGGUCUCCGUGGUGGCACCGAACAUCCCUGCCAUGUACGAAAUGCACUUCGCAGUACCCAUGGCCGGGGGGGUCCUCAACACAAUAAACAUCCGUCUGGACGCUCGAACAAUGGCGACCCAGUUCGCCCACUGCGACCCAAAGUUCAUCUUUAUAGACUACCAAUUUCUGCCCCUAGUAACAGAAGCCAUGAACAUAGCAAGAACCAAAAGGGCCUGCAUAGUCCUGAUCGAGGAGAUGGAACAGGGGAAAAAUGAUCCCACACCCACACCCACACCCGGGGGUCUCCUAACAUACGAAACCAUGAUCCAACAGGGCGACCCAGAGUUCGAAAUCCGGUGGCCAGAGGACGAGUGGGAUUCCAUAGUACUAAACUACACCUCAGGCACAACAUCAGUUCCAAAAGGCGUAGUCCACUGUCACAGGGGACUCUACACCAUGGCCAUGGAUACUCUGGUCCAAUACGGACUCAGGCCAGGCACAGUCUACCUCUGGACUCUGCCCAUGUUCCACUCCAACGGCUGGUGCUUCUCCUGGGCUCUGGCGGCCAUUGGAGGCAUCAACAUCUGCCUGCGAAAAUUCGAUGCCAAGGUAAUCUUCGAUUCAAUUGCAGAUCACAAGGUCACCCAUCUCUGUGGAGCACCCGUGGUGCUGAGCAUGAUAGCAAACGCUGCCCCUUCUGAGACCCGGCCACUCCCGGGUCGGGUCGAGCUCCUAACAGGCGGAGCCCCUCCACCUGCCUCGAUCUUGUUCAAGAUGGAAGAGCUCGGAUUCUCUGUAACGCAUGGAUAUGGCCUCACAGAGACCUCUGGUACAGUCAUUUCCUGUGCCUGGAAGCCCGAGUGGGACGGUCUUCAGGGGAACGAACGGGCCCGAUUGAAGGCCCGGCAGGGCAUCCGAAGCCUGAGUGCAGUUCGGGUCGAUGUGAAGGACCCAGUGACCAUGACCAGUGUGGCCAGAGAUGGGGUCCAGAUGGGGGAAAUCAUGAUCAGGGCGGCCAGUGUAAUGAAAGGGUAUCUCAAGAAUGAGGAGCUCACGGCCCGGGCUUUGGCCGGUGGGUGGUUUCGAACCGGUGACGUCGCGGUGGUUCACCCUGACGGGUACAUGGAGAUCAAGGAUCGGUCGAAGGAUGUGAUUAUCUCAGGGGGUGAAAACAUCAGUAGUGUGCAAGUUGAGUCUGUUCUGUAUUCUCAUCCUCUGAUUGCUGAGGCAGCUGUUGUGGGAAUGCCUGAUCCGUUUUGGGGAGAAACACCCUGUGCUUUUGUGAGUGUGAAGAGGAGUGAUCAUGGUGAUGGGCAUGGGCAGAAGCCCGAAUUGUCUGCAUCGGAGAUUAUUUUCUUCUGCAGAGAGCGCAUGGCGCAUUUCAUGGCGCCCAAAUCUGUGGUGUUCUUGCCUGAGCUCCCGAAGACUUCUACUGGUAAGAUUCAAAAAUUUGUUCUUCGAGAUAUGGCCAGAAAUGCUGUUCCUUGCCCUGUUUCGCGACUGUGAAGUGAGUCAAUGGCAUGGAAAUCAAUUUUAGGUGGGUCAAUUGGAAUUUUAUUGUACUCUUUGGGAACAUUUCAGCUUAAAUCAACAUCUCAGGUAUCUCUCA